AUGAUCGGCAACGGUCCUAGGGGUUCGUUUCUUGAUGAGCGAAUUAGCCGACCUUAUGGCAAGGAAGUGCUGCUCGCCAAUUGGCAGGAGCUGCGUCAAGGCAGCAAUGAGCUGAACGAUUGCAUUUUGCCAGGCUUAAAGCGAGUGGAUGCCUGCCUGCGGCAUACAUCAGAAACACAGGAUAACUUCGAGCCGAUUAAUCGGUUACAAGACCCCGAUUAUUCAAAGCAACUGUUUCUGGGCACCCGCAACGAAGCGCUGCACAACUUUAAACGCAAUCGAUCGUCGCAAUUAAAUUUCUCUUUCGAUGAGGACAUGCAAAAGAAUUUAACAACCACCUACAGUAUAGUGUACGAGAUUUUGCCCAAGCUGGCAAGAGACGAGAAGAAGAGUAUGGAGAGUGCAUCAACCGUGCCGAGCAGGCGCCAUCAUAUAGAUUUGAUGAUCAGCUAUGGCAAUCGUACCAAAACGGGCAAACUCAGCCGGCGCCGGGCUGACUUGCACUUGGAGAAGUUGCGCCGCUUGCAAACGACUUAUAUGGCGGAAUAUGAACGAAAUGGACUACACCCGGCAUUUGAAACAGGAAUUUGCGAAUAG